CACAGCAGACAAAGUCCCGGCGCGACUAGUUCAGUCAUUACGGUAAACGCAGGCUGCGGAGCCUCUUGUGUCCGACAGACCCGGAGUUGCUCUCACAGACACCGCAACGAACAGGUCUCGGAUGUUAGCAUUUCUUCUGAGCGGCGGACCACAUCCCAUCUAGCCAGGUGUGACCGGGAGGCUGUCCCCCUUGGACUCCAGUACUCCUCUGACUAUCCUGACGUCAAACCCGUGAUAUCUGGAGAUUUUUUUGCAUCCAGCUUGAAUCAUCAUCGAGUCUCGGAUCACCUAACCAGAAGGAGAGAACCCAACCUUUGCCCACCUCCCCCUGCUGCUAGCUCGCACCAGCAUGGCAGACAGUCGACAGCCAGAAGACGGUGCCCCCCAGUGGGACCCAUCAGGGGGGCAGGAGGCCACAGGCAACCACGGAGCCAAUGGCUUCCCCUCCACCGCCUACAGGACCUGCCAGCCCAGUGGGGCCCACAUGGCCACAGGACCCUACUCUGCCAGGGAAAAUGGUUUCAAUGGGGAGCUAACUGGUGCCCCCGCUAUAACUGCAGAGCAAGUGUCGGCGCGGAUCGUGCAGGAAGUGACGGCAGAGGCAGUGGCGGUACUGAAGGGAGAGCAGGAGACUCAGCGGCUGCCAUCCGUUGAAGACACCGCAAAUUUGCCUCCCUCUCCCCCCCCAUCACCGGCAGCGCAGCACUUUGGUCCUCUGGAACAAGAUGUAGGGGAUGAGGAGGAGGCGGGCCCUCUCCGCCGCUUCCAAAAUUCUCGGGAGAGGUGCAAGUUCCUCGCCCCCUCCAUCUCAGUUUCCGUGCCCGAGGACGACCCGUACCACUCCGACGAGGAGUACUAUGAUCACCCAUUGUUCAGCCCAGAGUGGACGCACUCGGGCUCUCGGCCCACAGGGCAGGCCGUGGCCUUUAGACAGAUUGAAGAAGAGACCAUGGAGGCUCUUACAGCUGAAUAUGAGGAGGAGGUGGAAGAGGAGGAGGAGGAGGAGGAGGAGGAGAGUGCAGAAGCAGCAGAGUCGGAGGAAGCUCUUGAUGAGCAGCAGUGGAGCGGGGAGGAGCUGGAGCUGGACAGCCUCCAAGCUGAGCCCUUAGAGCAGGCAGAGGCCGUAGGCGAGGCCCAGGAUGUAGACCUGGAGCCGGGCGAGGCAGCUAGAGCUGCUGCAGAAAGCUCUCUGGACAGAGAGGAGAAGGAGGAAGCAGAGGCUGGGGGGAGCCCUGAGACAGGUGUCUUUUCAGCUCUGAAGAUGGAGUCAGACAAGCAGGGAAGCGAGAAAAGUGGUUCCAUGAGCCCAGACAGCAUUGGAUCGGAGAAACGCCCAGAGGAGUUUAAUGAGCCCCAGAUGCAAGGGUUCUUUGCUGGUGAACGAGUUGUACCAGAGAGCCCCACCAUGGAUAUGCCAUCAUUCGAUCCCCCCAACGUCCAGACCCAGGCCAAAGAAGCUGCCAGACCACUCACGCUUCAGCCUACUUAUGGCGAGCCUAUCACAGUGUCAGAGAAACAGCCGUCAGUGGAGGUGGUGGAGAUCGGCAGCAUUGGUGCUCCUCCUGAUUCCUCGUCACAGGUACCCAAAGUUCAAGGAGAAGACUCAACAAGGGACACUACAGACAGAUCGGGCAUGUCAGCAUAUUUUGAAACAUCAGCCAUGGAGGUUGACGUGGCUCCCCAAAGUAAGGGCGAAGGCUAUUACGAACUGAGCAGAUCUGGGGAAGAGAAGAUUAUGGUUGAUGCCAGGCCUCAGGAGAUGAGUUACAGCACACUAGCUGAAGCUCAGGAUAAAUCCAACCCUAAGCCAGCCAAUACAGUGUUCACAGUUCCUGACAGGAGUAAUGAAUGCAGGCUUUCCCCGGGCAAACUGGCUUUAGAGCAGAGGAGCUACUCACUUAACAUUACUAUUGGAGCAACGGAUCCAAGUGGCCAAGGAAGACCUAGGAACUUCUCCCCACUUGCCACAGAUAUCAUGUCUUACACCAGUGGAAGUCUAGAUGAGUCAGCAGACUACCUUCCAGUCACCACACCCUCUGUGAAUAAUCCUCCAUCCCUGCCUCCUCUGAUCUUGGAGACUGCGGCCUCCAUCACCUCAGAUACCUCAUCUCCUCCAAGGACCUCUGAACCAGUUUCAAAACCCAGCCCUGAACCGGAUUCGCCAGUAUCACCAGAGCCAUUCCAGAGCACCUAUAAAAAUGGCACAGUGAUGGCGCAAGACUUACCUGAGAUGCUGGACCUUGCUGGUACCCGUUCCAGACUCACAUCAGACAACACUGAACCAGAAUUCACCAGGAGAAAGUCAAUUCAAGCUGAUUUUUCAGCCUUCACAGACGACCCACUGUGCAGCCUUGUUUCGGAGGAACUUAGUACUGGGACCAGGAGGAAUGAAAGCCAGCUGGAGGAGAUGGGCUAUUGUGUGUUUAGUGAAUAUUCAGGACCAAUGCCAUCACCGGCAGAUGUGUUGAGCCCAACAAACAUUUCUCCACAGGCCUUCACCCACUCAGUCCUGGAGGCAAAAGUGGCUGAGCAAGCCAGGAAAUUAGCAGUCAGAGACACAUCUUUGGAGGACACGAGCCAGCCAUCAGGAAUUGCUGAUGUCACUGAAGUGAAAGACCAAGAAAAAGCAGAAAGAAAAGAUUCUGCUGAAGAGAAGAGCAAGGUUGUAGAUGAAGAAUCAAAACAAUCUGUUAACGAGAUGCCACUGGUUCAGCUAAGUGAGUCCUUUGUGACACCAACGGUCACUGUUACUCUAGAAGAAGGCGGAAGGUCAUUCAGCGACACCGAGCGACAAGCAAGCGGCGAAGGCUCGGCGUCAGAAACGGAGAUUGCCGACUACGAGAGGCAGAUCCGCAAAUUGGAGAUGGAGGACAGGCCUCUCAGUAUGGAGGAGGAGAGAGAACUGCAGGAGCUUCGUGAGAAAGUGAAGCUGGUCCACCAGGAAGCCUAUGAGGAAGUGGAUGCCGAAGAUGUGUACCAGCUGACCGGUGUGGCCAAGGACCGGAUUGCGAGGCCUAUCAAAACCUCACCUGCUUCGUCCGUCGAUAGCAACAUCGAUGAUGAUAAGCUGCUCUCUCCAGUGCUCUCACCUUCAAAGCUUAAACAAAGAGAAGUGUAUGGUUCCCCCAAAAGAACUGUUUCACCAGCGUUAGGAAUUAACAAAGAAAAAGAGGAGUCAGAAAGAAAAAUCAGGGAAGAGCAAGAGAAGGAGGCAGCUGAGAAGAAAAUGAAAGAAGAGGCUGAGAUAAAGAUCAGAAAAGAAGCAGAAAAGAAAGAAAAGGCAAUGAAAGAAGAGGCUGAGAUAAAAAUCAGAGAAGAGGCAGAAAAGAAAGAAAAGGCAAUAAAAGAAGAGGCUGAGAUAAAAAUCAGAGAAGAGGCAGAAAAGAAAGUAAAGGAAAUGAAAGAAGAGGCUGAGAUAAAAAUCAGAGAAGAAGCAGAAAAGAAAGAAAAGGAAAUGGAAGAAGAGGCUGAGAUAAAAAUCAGAGAAGAAGCAGAAAAGAAAGAAAAGGAAAUGAAAGAAGAGGCUGAGAUAAAGAUCAGAGAAGAAGCAGAAAGGAAAGAAAAGGAAAUGAAAGAGAUAGAAGAGAGGGAAAGGAGAGAGAAGGAAGAGGCAGAAAGAAUCCUAAAGGAAGAGACAGAAAGGAAGGAGAAAGAGCAGGACAUGAAAGAAAAGGAGAAAGAAGAAAGAGACAAUAAGGAAAAGGAAGAAAGAGACAAGAAAGAAAAAGAAGAGAGGGAAAAGAUGGAGCAAGAAGAGAUGAAACGGAAAGAGGAAAGAGAGCAGAGAGAAAUAGAGGAAAAAGUAAGAAUAGAGAAAGAAUUGCGAGAGAAGGAAGAAAGAGAAAAGCUAGAAAUGGAUCUGAAAGAGAAGGAAGGAAAAGAGAAAGCCGCUGAGAUGGACAAAAGUGUUGCAGAGAAGCUCGAGGAGAUGGCGAAGCAACCAGAGGAAGAAAUUGCUGCAAAACCUGUGGAGAAAGAAGCUGAAGAAUCUGUGGAGGCUGAAAAGGCGCAAGAUAAAGGCAGGGAAGAGGUGUCAGAUGAAGCAGGGCCAGCGGUGGUAAAGGAGAUCCCAGAAACCCGAGCUGCCAUCGAAUCAGUGGUGACAGUUGAAGACGAUUUCAUCACCGUGGUCCAGACCAUUGAUGAAGCAGAAGAGCCGGGACACAGCGUUCGUUUCUCUGGUUCACCCGAGGCUCAAGUUCUCUGUGCUGCCUCCCAGAAAGCGGAAGAAGAAGAAGAAGAGGAGGACGAGGAGGAGGAAGAAGAGGAGGAGUCUGUGGAGUUGGCCCAAGAACCAGACAUGGAGGCUGCAAGUGUAGAGGAGGUGGUGGAUGUUCUUGAGACCCCGGCCUCCCCUGGGAAGGAGGCUCAAACCAUAGACACUGAUGCCCCGACAGAGAGCUACGACAGAGAUGAAACUACGAUGGACGACUCCAUCCUGGACAGCUCCUGGGUUGACACACAAGAUGAUGAUAAGAGUACGGCGACAGAGCAUAUCGAGCCUUUGCCAAAGGUGCCCAGCUCAGUCAAAAAGCCUGCUGUGGUCCAGAGCAAGCAUACCCAACAAAGGAAAACAGAGAAACGAGAAAAAACAAUCAAGCCAAAGGCCAAAGGAGGACGGGCUAAGGGCCGAAUGUCCACACCGGAACGCAAACCUCUCCGCAAAGAACCUGUCUUCAUCCCCCGAGAAGAAAUCCCCAAGAAAAAAGCUGUGAUAAGGAAGGCCGAACUUACCAAAUCCCCAUCGAAGAGGAGUGCGAUGAGGCCCACCCAGCACCACUCCUGUCCUCGAAGGAGAGCCACAGAGGGGCUGCUGGACACCCGUCAGCCUCUGAGUGUUGCCAGAAAGUCUCGCGACAGAGCAUCGGACGGUGGGUCUUGGAGCCCUGCAAAAAGGUCCUCGGUGCCGCGCCAUGCCUCCAUUCUGAGUCGCAGGGUGUACCAUGACAACGAAGAGAGCUCCACCUCCAUCACCAGCUCCAGCUCCACGGCGCCUCGCAGACCUACAUCAUUUCCCACAGAGAUGAGGGCAGAGCAUAGGACCGGACGGACCCAUAGCAUGACAGAAUCGGUGCGCUCACGUUCGGCUCGCAGCGGCCACUCCACUCCGCGCACUCCUGGUUCCACGGCCAUCACUCCAGGAACCCCACCCAGCUACUCGUCGUCCUCAAGGACCGCUGGAACCCCACGCUCCCUCAGCUUGAUGUCCCAGGAGAGGAAGAUAGCCGUGGUCCGCACCCCGCCCAAGUCACCUGCAACCACCCCCAAGCAGCUGCGCAUCAUCAACCAGCCACUGCCCGACUUCAAAAACAUCCGGUCCAAGAUCGGCUCCAUAGAGAAUAUCAAGUACCAGCCAAAAGGAGGACAGAUUCAUAUUUUUAACAAGAAGUUGGACCUCAUUCACUUACUGACAAAAUGCAGCUCCCAGGAUAAUCUGAAGCACUCUCCCCGUGGAGGCAAUGUGAUGAUACAGAACAAGAAGAUUGAUUUGAGCCACGUGACUUCCAAGUGUGGCUCUCUUGACAACAUCCACCAUCGGCCAGGGGGGGGUAACGUGCGCAUAGAGACUGUGAAGUUAGACUUCAAAGACAAAGCCCAAGCCAAGGUGGGUUCCCUGGAUAACGCUCAGCACGCUCCUGGUGGAAGCCGCGUCACGAUUGAGAGCCACGGGCAGAUUUUCCGUGACCACGCCACAGCACGAGUGGACCACGGAGCUGAGACCAUUGUUCGGUCACCAGGCCUGUCCAGCCUGGUUUCCCCCCAGCACCAUCGGGACAGCAACCCAUCAUCCUGCGGCAGUCUCAACGUGCUGGAGUCGCCUCAGUUAGCAACCCUUGCCGAGGAUGUCACUGCAGCUCUGGCCGAGCAGGGUUUGUGAACACUGGGCCUCCGGAUACCUGCUCUGCACCCAGGACAUCCUCACCAUGAUCCCUCAAAACUCUUCUGCCUACUCCUGCCGACCCGAAGCCAACCUCAGCUUAUCUCCACUUCAAGAUCCAUCACUCCACUUUAAGUAGAGACUCAAAUUAGGAGCUACUGCACUUUGUUCUUCUUUAUUUUUCAAAAAUAUGCUAUUUCUGAUUAAUUUAGUUGGCCUCUCUCUUUUUUGAAUGAUAUUACAUUCAGUAGAAUAGUUCAGUCUGAGCACUGGUCGUAGAUGUAGUGGUACAUAACAAGCGGGGGACCAGGUAUUGGCUUAACUGGUCCUGGAUCAGUGUUUUGGUGAAGCUACAGCCUUUUUUCUACAUCAAGUAAGAAGUAAUGUGGCCGGCACACCAUGCAGCACGUGUUGCUCUGGCUCGGUGAAUGUGCAUGGACGCCAAACCCCCUAACAAACCAAGCAUCCGUACUGCAAGUCAUUCUUGUCAUCCAAUAUACAAUAUAUUUAAAUAUAUAUAGAAACAUGUAUAAAGAUUCAAGUUCUCUGCCAUCUACAUGUCCUAAAAACAUUUUAAAAGGAAGUGACAAUAUGGCUAUAAAACUACAUGUACAAUUGCAUUACUGCAAUAACUAGAUCAUGUUAUGACAAGCAUGUAUUGAUUCAAAUAUUAAAAGAGGCUAUUUUGUAAUUGAAAAAAAAUUUAGUAUGUUAUUUCCGAUUAUGGGAUAGGGAUUAAACAAGUUCAUGUUUUGUAGUUAUUAGUUGUUUACAGCGUAAUGCUUGGUGACAAUGUCAGACAGCUGAUUUGGUGUUGCUAAGGAGUGCAUCUCGGUCCUGUUGAGGAGCAUCGUGCACUUGUGCCUGCUCAGAAGUUCAAUAUAGACGCCUGUUUAAACAUCAGAACAGUAUUAAACAUUGGAGCUAAUUCCACAAACCUACAGCUAAAAGUCUUUCGAGCUGCAGACAUUGGACGGUGCAAACGUUGCUCUGCUCACACAGGCUGAUGUUGCACCACAGUUUAGCAGAAGAUGUGGCUUCUCUGAAAUCUUUCUGUGUGUGCGUCCUGGUGCAGAUCCAAUGCCGUUUUACAACAUAUGCUACCGUAUCUGGAUGUUUUGUUGCAAUGUGUGGAAGAUGAAAGAGGGGUUAAAAAAAUCUUUUGAAAAAGACAAUUCAAGCUGUAAAGCAAGACGGCCGAGGGAGCUCGGAGUUCGUUACAUCUGUUUGGGAAAAGUGUUUGGGUGAUCUAGUUUCUUUUUUGGACAUUUGUUGUGUAUCUUGCCUCCGGCCCAAUUACUGCCCUCACCCGCAAAUGUUUGUUUGCUACUGUGUUUUUUCUGCAUAGCCCAUCUAAAUGUGCCCGCUCCCUGCCUUCUGCUCCACCCCCAGCAACUGUAAAUGUAUUUAAAAAGUCAAGUAGAUGUACGCAGUUUUUCUCUUGUUGAUAUGACACUAGUUACAAUCAUUAAUGACAAUAAAAAAAGACAAAAAGUGAUACUGCCCAUCUGUUUUCUAUUUGGAUUACAAGAAAUACUGUUAUUGAUCAGAAGUUACAUUUUUGGAAAGGUCUUUAUUUUCUUUCUGAGUCAGAUGAGAAGAUGUCUAUAAUCAAUACAGUUCAUCUAAUUUCUUUAACCUAAAAAAACAAAAACAAAUGCUAAGCUAAUUGACUAUUAGCUGUAUGACAGACUUGAGAGGGGUAAACAUCUUUUCAUAUAAUUGUACCCGUAUUUCCAUAAAUGUAAAACUACCACUUUAACAAAGAAAUUGAAUUAAUUAAGCAUCAGAUAAAUAGAGUCAGAAAUUUGGAAAUAUAAUAGGAGUUUGUGAAAGGUUUAUUGUGGCAGAGGAUACAAUAAGUUAAGACCUAGGGAUGGCUCGGGUAAGGAGUGUGUUAAUUUUUAUGGCCAGUCCUGGGGCAAACUUGUCUCUUCACUGGCAGAUGGAGUCGUCCAGGCUCCAAAUGAAAGGAGGGGGGGUGGGUCAUCAUUAUCCCAUCAACCCCUCCAUCACUGCUCCACUUUGCAAACCAGUGAUACCAGAAAUCCCCAAAGAGACACGGUGACUUGUGUGUGAAAAUGAGGAAAUCUCGGGGGAAAUCAGGACGUCUUGCCGAACAGCGGGAGGAGAGAGAGAGAGAGAGA